AUGAGAUCAUUAAGAAGGAGAAGAGUCGGCAGAGACUUGGUUUGGAGCUCAUUGCCUCCGAGAACUUUGCAAGCCGCGCUGUGUUGGAGGCUCUGGGCUCCUGCAUGAAUAACAAAUAUUCUGAGGGGUAUCCUGGACAGAGGUAUUAUGGUGGCACUGAGUUUGUAGAUGAUUUGGAACGGUUGUGCCAGAAACGAGCAUUGGAUUUGUACAGCCUUGACCCAGAGAAAUGGGGAGUCAAUGUCCAACCAUAUUCAGGCUCUCCAGCGAACUUUGCCGUUUACACAGCUCUUGUGGAGCCACAUGGGAGGAUCAUGGGAUUGGAUCUUCCUGAUGGUGGCCACUUGACCCAUGGCUUCAUGACCGAAAAGAAGAAGAUCUCUGCCACAUCCAUCUUCUUUGAGUCAAUGCCAUACAAGGUGAACCCUGAAACUGGUUAUAUUGACUAUGACAGGUUGGCAGAUAAUGCACGGCUGUUCCACCCAAAGCUUAUCAUCGCAGGUGUUAGUUGUUACUCCCGUAAUCUGGAUUAUGCCAGGAUGCGACAGAUUGCGGACGAGAAUGGUGCCUUCUUGAUGUCAGACAUGGCACACAUCAGUGGCUUAGUGGCAGCCGGGGUGGUGCCCUCUCCAUUCGAGUACAGUGACGUGGUCUCCACAACAACGCACAAGACUCUCCGUGGCUGCAGGUCUGGGAUGAUCUUCUACAGAAAAGGAGUCCGUAGCAUUGACCCGAAGACUGGAAAGGAGAUCCUGUACAACCUGGAAAGCCUGAUCAAUCAGGCAGUUUUCCCAGGCCUGCAAGGUGGGCCCCACAACCACGCCAUUGCAGGUGUUGCUGUUGCACUCAAGCAGGCUAUGACUCCAGAAUUCAAGCUUUACCAGAAACAGAUUGUGGUAAACUGCAAAGCUCUUUCAUCGGCAUUGGUGAAUCUGGGAUACAAGAUUGUUACUGGUGGCUCAGAUAAUCAUCUGAUUCUGGUGGAUCUGCGCAACCAAGGUACAGAUGGGGGAAGAGCUGAGAAGGUUCUGGAAAAGUGCUCCGUUGCUUGCAACAAGAAUACCUGUCCAGGUGACAAAAGUGCCUUACGUCCCAGUGGCCUCCGCUUGGGAACACCAGCCCUCACCUCCCGAGGGUUCCAGGAGGAACAUUUCCACACAGUAGCAGCUUUCAUUCACAGAGGGAUUCAGAUAACACUGGAGAUUCAGAGAGAUAUUGGGGCAAAGGCAUCACUCAAGGAAUUCAAGGAGAGGAUGAUGACUGACAAGGACCACCAGAGCAAGAUCAAACAACUAAAAGAAGAAGUGGAGAUGUUUGCGUCCAACUUCCCAAUCCCUGGAUUGGCUGAUCUUUAAAGCAGCAGAGUGUGGAACCGCUGUAGCUACAGUUGUGGGAUCUGUUUAAAAUGCACAACAGUGAUGCUUUUCAAGCUGACCUAUCAUUGAAGGGAUUAGAAAUUCCAUUAAAUUAAGAGUCUCUUCUGACACACAAAGAAUUAGAAUUACUUCAUGAAAACUCAGGAAUCAUGUGUGUUAUUUCAGGGCCUUUUCGACUAUUUUGUUUCACCUUUAAGUGAUUUGCCCUUGUCUAUGCAAAACCAAUGAUCAUGUUUCUCACAUUCAAGAGAUGCCCUUCCCCCUAUCCUCAAGAUCACUGCUCGAUUGUCGCCUGAUGAAAACCACUUUACACUUUGCUACUUGGAAUUAUGAGGCUUUUUACAAUUUAUAUAAUUUGGUUUUACAUGAACACCUCAAACCAGUUUCUAUAAUCGUAGGUUGUAUUUUAAUAUACCUGCCCUAUGCAAGUUCUAUUUAACAUGCCUUAUUUACAACGGCAACUUCUGGCCUCUUGAGCAUCCCUGAUUUUAAUUGCUGCAUCAAAAGUAUCCAUGUCUUUAAGGGCAAAAUUUAAUGGCCCUCGGCAGUGAUUGUGGAGGAUUGGGGGUGGGAGCAGGCAGUUAGCCGGGUGGGAGGUGACCUGUGCACGACCCCCACCCACCGCACACCAAACUCAGCCAGGUUUUCAUCUCUGUUGAUUAAGGUUAGGAUGCUGAUGGAUCCCUGUAGAGGCAUAAGUUAAGCCCCUUAAAUGAGCAACAGAUUUGCAGUAUUAUCGGCUGCUGCUGCUAUUUAGAAAUCAAGGAGUCCUUGCAGUAUGGAACCAGGCCAUUCAGCCCAUUGAAUCCACACUGACCUUCCGACCCACCCUCCCUACCCUAUAACCCUACAUAUCCCUGGACACAAUGGGCAAUUUAGCAUAGCCAAUCCACCUGAUCUGCACAUCCUGCCCAGCAACAAGAAGGUGAGUCACCAUAUGAGAAAUAAAGCCCCUUUGGUUUUGCUUACAGACUUAUGGAAGAUUCCUGGUCAAAGGCAAGCAGUGUCUGACCAAGGAAUGUGACACUGAAGAGGGGGUUCUCUUGACAGCUGUAACCCUGCCUUUUCUGCUGACCACUAUCCACUUCCCCCAUCCCCAUGGCCCUCAUCCCACCUCAUUCACCCUGAAACUGGACUCCUCACUGACUCUGAUGGGUGUGUCACUGGCAGCUGCCACACAUUAUAUCUGGUGGUACAAUAUGUUCUGGAGAGUUGCAGAGAUUAACUCUCAGAACUGUCACAGUGCAGGAGGCCACUCAGUCUUUUGUGUCUGCACCAGCUAUCCAGAUGAGCAGCAAGACUUCAUGCAAUGCUCCUGCUCUUUUCCUGUAACCUUGCACAUUACUACUAUUUAAAUAAUCACCAAAGUCCUCUUAAAUACCUUAUGCCUCCACCGCACUUCCGAACAGCUCGUUCCAGAUGCAAACCACUCACUUUGAAAAAGCCUUUCUCUCUCAUAUUUGCUUUCUUUUUUGCAAAACACUUUAAAUCUAUUGAUUAAAAUUUGCACUUCUCACUGACUGAAAUUCUCCCCAAGGGUUCUUCGUCCCAGGAAAUGCUCAAUGCUAGCCACCUCAACAAGUGAUAUACUGCUGAAGGACCUUCCCAGUGGAGGUAACAUGGGGCUUUCCCACCAGUGGCAAGACCCUUGUUUUAAACAUUAAAUUUUGCACUAAAUUUCUCCAUCUGCUUUCCUGUCUUUAUUUCUCUCAAGACAUGCCUUAAAACCUAACUCUUCAAUCAAACUUUUGAUUAUGUUUUAAUAUCUUUUGGUGUGACUUGGUGUCAAGCUUUGUUUUACUAACCACCCAAGAGGCAGCUUGGGAUCUUUUAGUCAGCUGGAGGCACUAUAUAAAUGCAAGCUGUUAGUGUCUCUUAUGAGUGAACGUGAUGUCAAUUAUUGUGUUCUGACAUGAAUUGUGGAGAUACACUUAGAAUCGAGCUCUGAGAAUCACUGCAUUGGGAGAAAUGUUUAGAUUCAAUCACAAAAAUGGCCCAUUGUUCACAUUCGAUACGGCUAUCCACAGUAAAAGAUUUCUGCCAGCUUUGUUUAAUGAACACAAAAAUAUUCUGUUUACUAUAAAAUGCAACUCCUUUCUAAAACAAGCAGCAAAACAGAUUAGUAUGCAAGAUGUAAUCUGGAAUUAGAAUGAAAUCCCUUUUUAAACCCUAUAUAUACACACACACAACAAAGAGCAAAGACUUUGCAGGAAUGAUAGUAAAAUAGGGCAAAAGUAAACAAAAACACCCUUAUUAGCCAGUGGUCUGAAAAAAAUUUUUUACGAAUUCUCACAGUCUAUGAGCUACUGUCCAAGCUGUUUAAUGUCUUCAGUCCAUGAAUAUAGAUUUGCUGUGGUAGCAGUUGGGUUUAAACAUCUAUUCCAACAUCAAUUUGUUCAUACUCAUCAGGCUAGCUAAAGAAAAUGUAAUUUGAUUCUUUAACACAGUUGCUUUUAUAUUAGA